AUGCGUGUGUUGACGGCGGCCUCUGGCGACGGCGUCUCCGGCACCGUCAUCUGCGUCUCCAACAGCGGCGGGCGGGGGCGGGCGGCGGCCGAAGGCACGGGGUCUGUGAGCGGGGCGAGCAGGAAGGUCGAGGCAGCGUCCAGACUGUGCGCUGAAGAAGGAAGACAUGGGUCGCAGCACGGUCCCAGUUCGAUCCAUGCCUUCGGUCGCCGCAUGCCCAGCCGCAACACCUUGGGUGGUGCCUGGCCCUGA